GUCGCCACUGCCCACUGGGAAGCCAAAGUCAAAAAAUUUUUUUUUUUUCUUUUAGGGCAGUUUUGAAACAUACGGAGUUCAAAAUAUCCUCAAAGCUUUGUUUGUCAGUACCCAAAACCCGUCCAAAAGAUUGAACUGGAAAAGAAAAAAGGACUAAAGCAAGUUAAAAGGAGCAGCCAUGGAAAUGUCAAACGAACUCGAUAGAUUGCUCUUUUUCGAGCAAGCUCGUAAAAUUUCCGAAGUCACUUACGCUUCCAAUCCUCUCGACGCCGAUAACUUGACCAGAUGGGCCGGAGCAUUACUGGAAUUGUCUCAGUUUCAAAGCGUUCCAGAUUCCCAGAAAAUGAUUCAAGAUGCUAUUUCAAAGCUAGAGGAGGCUUUGUCGAUUAACCCUAAAAAGCAUGAUGCUUUAUGGUGUUUGGGAAAUGCUCAGACUUCUUUUGCAUUUUUGACUAGCAAGGAGGACGAGGCAAGGCCUUAUUUCGAAAAGGCUGCUCAGUAUUUCCAGCAAGCAGUUGAUGAGGAUCCGAGCAAUGAAGUUUACCUCAAAUCUUUAGAAAUAUCUGCUAAGGCUCCAGAAUUACACCAGGAAAUCGUUAAGCAUGGUUUAGGUCAACAGACGCUUGGAGCAGGACCUUCUACUUCUACUUCUUCUAGUUCAACAAAGACUGCUACAAAGAAUAAGAAAAGUAGUGAUCUCAAAUACGACAUAUUUGGAUGGAUAAUCCUUGCUGUUGGCAUUGUUGCAUGGGUUGGGUUCGCAAAAUCUCAAAUGCCACCUUUACCACCACCACCGCCACCACCUCCACGAUAAGCAUGGGAUGCAUGCAAAGCCCCCACAUCCACAUGCUCUUGCGGUGAUUCAAACAGCUUUCAGGAUUAUUAGUUGAGACAUUGGGAGAAAAAUGAGAAUUGUAUGUUCUGUUAGUUUAGUUUUUUUUUUUUUUUCACCUAGUUAGUGCUUCCAUAUCAAUGAACCAAUAAUAAAACAAGUAAAAAAAGUCAUCUUUGUUUGAUCCAAUGCUUUUUCUCCAAGGAUUAGAAAUCCGCCAUGUCAACUCCGUGCUCUUAGGCUACUACUGCUUCAACGCUAGCCAUUUAAAGUACAACUGGUUUAUUUGGAGGAUGGUUGGUUGUCUAUUAACUUGAAAAAUCGUCAUAAAAUUGUUGAUUUUAUUGUUUGACAACAUUUAAAUUACAUUUUGCUUGUUGCUAUAUCUACUUUUGUGAGAAGGAUGUUCAUUUUGAGAAAGUGCGAAUUUAUCUAGAUUUGAUUAUUUAU